AUGCUCCGCCAUCUUUUAAUCGCUGUCUCCUCAAUCGCAUUCGCAAUCGCCUUCCAUCAAUAUCGAGAACUGAAAUGUUCAACACCCACGAACACCAUUCGGGGUGGUCCGCACAGGGCUGAGUGCCAGCUGAUCCUCAAGGAAGAAGAGCUAGAAACCGGCCGACCAGUACCUAAAGGUCUUGGAUGUUGGAAGGAGGAUCACGAAGGAGAGGAGAGAGAGUACUGCGACAUAGUUUGUCCCAACUCGCACACCGUCUUCAUCUCAUACAUCGACCAAGGUCACCGCGCAUGCUUCAACUACAUCACAUAUCAGAUUGAAAAGCGUGCUGAGGAACGAUACUUGUGGCGAAGCGGAAAGUGCCUCAACUCCACCGUCAACUACCGCAUCGGGUGCAAGUUCGAUGAUCCUUUCGACACCCAGUACAAAUCCGACAACGAGAUUCUCGCCCGUCUUCGCGCUCGUGCUCGCAGAGCAUGA